AUGUCGAAUAUAUUUAAUGAAGACGAACAAGAUCAAACAUUCUUAACAGCAUUACUUGAUGAAAAUGAAAAGAAUGUAAUAGAGAAUAAACCGAUUCUUAUUUCUAAUGAAGAAAAUGAAGACGAUAUUGAUAUUGAAAUUAAAUCAUCAGUAUCUGAUACAGAUGAUAAUGAUGAAGUAAAUUCAAUAAACGAAGAACAUAAAGCAAAUGACAUUACACAAGACGAGAACGAAAAAUUAUUGGAACUUGUUCAAAUAAGUGAAGAUUAUGACAAAGCCGAAGAUGCAAAUAAGAUAGAACCUGUAAAUGAUUACAAUACUACCAUAAUUCCUCGUUCCGUCUAUGAUUAUGCUACAACAGUUCAUGAAAUGUUAGAAUCCCCCCGUUAUUCAAAAUUACACCAUGAUGUAUUCAUGGUUCUUGGAUCAUCGGAUCCACCGCCAGGUUUUGGCUUUUUGCAUCCAAGAUUUUAUUAUUUGGAACAAAAGAGACCCGUACCAAUGCAUCCAUUAAAAAUCUAA